AUGUUAUUUUGCUUCUUCCACGGGACUCUUUUAUCACCGCUACAUCUUUUAGCGAAGCUUGAGCGACUUCCAUGGGUCGCAGCCGAGCACACCUACGUGAAGAGCAAGUCGGAAUGCCUUCCGAGCACACGCGUCAACAUACAGAACUCCCUUCUCAAUCAUCUGAAAGUAGCCGAGAACCGAUUUGUUUGGCUCCGUGGGUCCCCUGGCACGGGGAAGACAGCGAUAUCUAUGAGCAUUGCAUCUACGCUCGAAAAGGAAGGCACGCUUGCAGCCUCCUUCUUUUGGGAUAAAAACCAAAAGGGAACGGGCCUUGAUUCUUUAGAGAGGUUCCCUUCUACCCUCGCGCGUCAACUUGCGAUAUUCAAUGGGGACUUCAAGGUCUCGCUCGUCAAACGCCUUCGGAAGCCGGAUUCGGAGCUGGUUCUGAGCCUUUCUCUGGAGAAGCAAAUGCGGGCUUUGGUUCUCGAACCGAUGAAUGGUCUC